UACGUCUACAGCAGUCCUCCUCCUCAGUCAUGCUACAUGACCGUAUCCUCAGAUAUCUUUCGUCGAUCAUGCCGGCAAGCGAUGUAUCGCCCAAGAUAUUCCACGCGCAUUGUGCAUUGCCUCUGCAUCAGAACAGGAUAACUGCCUCUCUCAUGCCGCUAAAAAGGACUACGACAACUUUCAAACUGGAAACCACACUUUCAGAAGCUUCACGGAGUUACAGGAUCUCAUCGGCCACCUACCAGAACUCUCGACGCUCCAUCUUUGCAACUCCAGCAUAGAACAUGCACAGAACAUGACGAACUGGAAUUACCAUGCUCAGGACCCAAAAGUCGCUGUGUUGAAUUUAGAUGGUUGUUAUCCGUCAUUGUCCUCUCCUCUCAUUAUGUGGCUCCUAGCAACAUUGACGCGUCAAUCACUUCGAACGCUCCUCUUGCGGGGGGACAUCCAUUUCUCUGUUCUUGCGAAGGGUUUCAUCGUGCUGUCUUGCAGAUCGGCAUGUUUUAGAGUUCAGUACACACGGGAGCAGCGAGGUGACGGGAGUCACCUUUUUCCAGAAGUGCCAGGUGAAAGCCUCGUCACUGCAAAUAUUCAUCUUGCACUACGUGAUCCGCCCGCACAGCAGUCGCCGCUGUCGCACUGCUGCAACUUAGAAAACCCGAUCGCUUCGAGAACGGCCGGCUUGCCCAUGCCCACUUACGUCGCCCAUGGUCCGCGUUAUCCCUAACUUACGCGACUCAUCGCGUGGCCAACAAGUCGAAGCAGAGCAACACAUCAGCAGAUACGAUCAUCACACAGAGGGGCCGCGCGAAAGCUUUCGUCUUGCAUGCCUU